AUGGUCCGUUCUCGAAUAUCACGAAAUGUUGUGGUCGUCUUCGUGAUAUCCUCACUGAUCGGUGUAGCAAUAAUAUCCACUACGAGAACCACAAGAAAAGAGCUGAUCUUCGAAGAAUUUGAAAAACCUCCAGAGAUUAGGAGGCAUUUUGGACUGACUACAACAACAUCAACGGAAGCCACAACACUUCAGGCUACCACAGACACCACCCAUGACUGGAAGGCACAGGACCUCAGGGAAAACAACGUAUGGAAAACAUUCUCUGGCAUUUAUGUUCAACAAGCUUACAGAGUGUCAAAUAAGGAGAUUCGAUUCGUAUAUCUCGAAGAAGCUCAGAAUAGGCGAGGAAUGAAUGUCUUCCUGAAUGGGAAAUGGGUAAAAGUGAAGUCGACUUGUUUCAAUGAGACAUCAUGCGAGGACUACCUUUACUGCACUAUUGCUACCCGAUUCGGAUCAAUCGAUAUUUCUACA